UUUCAUGGAAAUAUUCAAUUUUCGCCAUCAAAUUCAACUUGAUGAUAAGUUGGCCCCUUGAAUCUCACUCAACCCCAUUUGACUCUAAGAUCUACUCCUCCGCACCAAUUUUCCCGAUCGCCGACCGCCAGAAAAGCAGUCGAGAGACCACCAUCUGACUCUAGAGUUUCAUAGUUGGAUUACAUAAAAUCCAACAUUGAUUUGAGCCCUAAACCGAAUCAGCCAUAACUACACCACCCGGUGAUCAUGAGUUCUCCGGCAGGUGCGAACUUGUUUACGGGAUUUACGAGGCUAUGUAAAGGGCUUGCAGUAGUACUUGUUAGUGGAUACAUUGCUGUUCAGAUCCUCCCUUCGAUCCUUACUUACGUUGCACUAAUUCCUGCUAGGACAAUUCCUUUUGGUUGGAACCUCUUAACAGCUGGCUACAUAGAACAAACAGUACAUGGGGUUCUUAGCAGCACAAUUGGUCUUCUUUUCAUUGGGAAGCUUCUAGAACCCAUAUGGGGUUCUAGAGAGUUCAUGAAGUUCAUUUUCAUUGUCAAUUUCUUGACUUCAUUAUGUGUGUUCAUUACAACAAUCUCCUUGUACUAUGUAACAAUGCAAGAAAAUUAUCUUUACACGCCUCUUUCUGGCUUCAGCGGGGUACUUUCAGGGCUCUUAGUUGGUGUCAAACAGAUAAUUCCUGAUCAAGAACUAUCUCCUUUAAAAAUCAAAGCAAAGUGGUUGCCAUCGAUGAUGUUAUUGUUAGCUAUUCUUGUUAGUUUCUUUACCUUAGAGCCAGCAACAUACCUUCCAAUCUUGAUAUUUGGGACAUAUACUGGUUGGAUUUAUCUCAGAUACUUUCAAAGAAAACAAGAAACUGGAUUUAAGGGUGACCCUAGUGAUGAAUUUUCCUUUUCUACUUUCUUCCCUGAAUUCCUAAGACCUGUGAUUGAUCCUAUCGCUUCAAUAUUCCAUCGGAUGCUUUGUGGAAGAUCUGACGCAUCCAAUGAAGCAAGAGGCGGUUAUACACCUGGCAACACCACAUUGCCCGGCUCUGAUCCCAUCGAGGCAACUCGGAGAAGGGAAAGGGGUGCGCGGGCGUUGGAGGAAAGAUUGGCGGCGGAGAGGUUGAUAGGUGGUACGGGAGGAGGAAAGAGUAAGACGGAUGAACCCGAAAGAGAUGCAUCUGAAAAUACGCAUUUACCUCCCGAUAGCCAACAUCAGUUUGAUUUCCACAAAUACAUUAGUAGGUCACUUGAAGAAGAUUUCAAAGUCGUAGUUGGAAUAAGUCCAGUAGUAUGGUUUUUUGCGGUUCUUCUCCUUCUCACCAACACCCAUAGCUGGAAAGCAUACCUUUGGCUUCCCUUCAUCCCAUUGAUUAUAAUACUUAUAAUUGGAACAAAACUACAAGUGAUAAUAACAAAAAUGGGGAGAAGGACUCAUGAAAUGGCAGAUGUAGUGAAGGGCACACCAAUGGUUCAACCAGGAGACGAUCUAUUCUGGUUUGGUCGACCCAAACUCGUACUCCUAUUGAUCAACUUUGUUCUCUUUCAGAAUGCGUUUCAACUAGCGUAUUUCUUGUGGAGUUGGAAUAAAUUCGGCCUCGAUAGUUGCUUCCAUGAACACACUGAAGACACUGUAAUCAGACUAACAAUGGCGGUUGUGAUAGAGGUUUUAUGCAGUUAUGUGACGCUUCCUUUAUACGCAUUAGUAACACAGAUGGGUUCGAGAAAAUAA